AUGUCUCGACCAGUAUUCACUGCGGUGUUUCUCUCCAUCUUCUACCUGGCAAAGGUCGCAAUCUAUGACCUCUCUGUCGCCAAUGGCCUCAUGGAUUCCACGCAGCCGGACCUCCUCGGGGAGCCAAUCACCUUCACCACAUUAAAGCCGCUGGACAGGCUGCUCACCAUGCUCGUGCGGUUUUUCAAACCAAUCCUCGAUGGGAAAGACCCGAAUCUCACCCUGUUCUCAAUCUUCAUGGCCGGCCAACUACUGGCCGUGCAUGUCCUCAUUCAAGUCGAGGGUCUGAGGGCCGGCAACCGAGGGAGAUUGGUCUCCUGCACAACCUCCUGGGGAAUGCUCUCGCAACUCAUGACCUUUGGCGCCACCCUGCCUCUCUACUUCCUCACGUAUCUCUACACCUCCCCCAUCCCAGAAGCACCAACACCAGACGCAUUCGCCGCCGCAGUCUCCAUCGACCCAGUCCAGGCCCGCGCCGUCAUCGGCUCCCUGACCUUUGGCGCCUUCGUCCCGACCCUCCUCGCGGCGCUCCCGACCCCCAGGGUAAUCACCCCGCGCACCCAGGAAAUCUUCCUUGCCGUCUGGCAGGCGUUCCCCCUCUGGUCUGGCAUCACCCAGUUCGUCUUCGCCCAGCUCAUAGGCGCCCUAGGCGUAGUCUCGAAAGCCGCAAAGUCGAGGACGCAGACGCGCAUCAACGACGUUCGCAGGAUUUACGCCUACACCCUCUCCGUCGUCGUCCUAACGUCCUACGGCGUCGUCGGCUACGUCUUCUGGAAGUCCGACUGGGCCUCGGAGCCCGCGGUCGAGGCGCUGACCCAGAUGUUUCGUCCUACCUUUCCGUGUUCCCAGGCAAAGAUGGUUACACUGGAGAGGGGGAUCUUGGACCUGUUGCAGUGGGAUAUGUACUGCGCUUCCUUCGCGACGUGGAGCUGGAUUGCGUAUCUGGCGUAUGAGUCAAAGGGCGUCGGCCAGGCUGUGAUCGACUUGGGGAAGUUGGUUAUGUGGAGUGCGGUUGCUGGGCCUGGCGGCGCGGCGCUGGCUGUUGUUUGGGGGAGGGAUGUCGAGGCUUUGAGGAGUUCCGGUGCUAAGAAGAAGACGGGUUGA